ACAAUGGCCCAGCUUUACUACAAAAGGGUGAAUUACUCACCCUACAGAGAUCGGAUUCCACUUCAGAUUGUGCGGGCAGAGGCAGAGUUGUCACUGGAAGAAAAGGCCUACCUCAUUGCUGUGGAAAAGGGAGACUAUGCCAGUGUCAAGCAUGCCCUGGAGGAAGCCGAAAUCUACUACAACAUCAACAUCAACUGCAUGGAUCCACUUGGCCGAAGCGCUCUUCUCAUAGCCAUAGAGAACGAAAACUUAGAGAUCAUGGAGCUUUUGCUCAGCCACACUGUAUAUGUGGGAGAUGCUCUUUUGUAUGCAAUAAGGAAGGAAGUGGUGGGAGCUGUGGAGCUACUUCUAAGUUACAGAAGACCCAGUGGAGAAAAGCAGGUACCAACAUUAAUGAUGGACACACAAUUUUCAGAAUUCACUCCAGACAUUACGCCCAUUAUGUUGGCAGCUCACACUAAUAACUAUGAAAUUAUAAAACUUUUAGUCCAAAGAAGGGUGACAAUACCUCGCCCACACCAGAUACGUUGCAACUGUGUGGAAUGUGUCUCCAGCUCAGAAGUUGAGCUCAGACACUCCAGGUCUAGACUAAACAUCUACAAAGCUCUGGCUAGCCCAUCUUUGAUUGCCUUCAGCGAGGACCCUAUACUGACAGCUUUCCGCCUUGGGUGGGAGCUGAAAGAGCUCAGCAAGGUGGAAAAUGAGUUCAAGGCUGAAUACGAAGAACUGCUCUCAGCAAUGUAAGAGGUUUGCCAGGAUCUGCUUGACCAAGCAAGGAGCUCUCGAGAACUGGAAAUUAUACUUAACCAUAGGGAUGACCAGAGCGAGGAGCUGGAUCCUCAGAAGUGUCAUGACCUGGCAAAGCUAAAGGUAGCAAUAAAGUAUCAUCAGAAAGAGUUUGUGGCGCAGCCAAACUGUCAGCAGUUACUGGCUACAUUGUGGUACGAUGGAUUCCCAGGUUGGCGCCGGAAGCACUGGGCAGUGAAGCUGUUGACCUGCAUCACCAUUGGACUGCUUUUUCCUGUGCUUUCUAUAGCAUAUAUGAUCGCACCUAAGAGCAGGCUGGGACUGUUCAUUAAAAAGCCAUUCAUCAAGUUUAUCUGCCACACAGCCUCAUAUCUCACCUUCCUAUUCUUCUUGCUUUUGGCAUCCCAACACAUAGUUAGGACUGACUUGCAUAUGCAAGGACCUCCCCCCACUGUAGUUGAGUGGAUGAUAUUACCAUGGGUUCUAGGUUUUAUUUGGGGAGAAAUAAAAGAGAUGUGGGAUGGGGGAUUCAACGAAUAUGUGCACGACUGGUGGAACCUUAUGGAUUUUGCAAUGAAUUCCCUCUACCUUGCAACCAUCUCCCUUAAAAUUGUUGCUUACGUGAAGUACAACGGCUCAAGGCCAAGAGAGGAAUGGGAUAUGUGGCACCCAACGUUAAUUGCCGAAGCACUCUUUGCAAUAUCCAAUAUCCUGAGCUCCCUGCGCCUCAUCUCACUGUUCACAGCAAACUCCCAUCUUGGCCCUCUGCAGAUUUCAUUGGGACGGAUGCUGCUGGACAUUCUCAAAUUCCUCUUUAUCUAUUGCUUGGUGCUUUUGGCUUUUGCCAAUGGACUAAACCAACUCUACUUUUAUUAUGAGACCAGUGCCUCUGAGGAACCCAACAACUGCAAAGGAAUACGCUGUGAAAAACAGAACAACGCCUUCUCCACCCUUUUUGAGACCCUGCAAUCCUUGUUCUGGUCAGUGUUUGGUCUCCUGAAUUUGUAUGUCACCAAUGUGAAAGCACGUCAUGAGUUCACAGAGUUUGUUGGUGCCACCAUGUUUGGAACAUACAACGUGAUAUCCUUGGUUGUGUUACUCAAUAUGUUGAUAGCCAUGAUGAACAACUCCUACCAGCUGAUUGCCGAUCAUGCUGACAUCGAAUGGAAGUUUGCAAGGACAAAACUGUGGAUGAGUUACUUUGAUGAAGGUGGGACUCUGCCACCUCCAUUUAAUAUUAUCGCCAGCCCAAAAUCUAUCUGGUAUCUGUGCAAGUGGAUCCACUAUCAGCUGUGCCCAGGGAAACGUGAAGAGGAGCUCCAGCGACAACAUGAAAAUCUAAAAACCUUUACUGAGCGGCAUGCUGACAACCUGAUUCAAAAUCAGCAUUACCAGGAAGUUAUCAGAAAUCUGGUCAAACGAUACGUUGCAGCAAUGAUUAGGAAUUCAAAAACGAAUGAAGGGUUAACAGAAGAAAAUUUCAAGGAACUAAAACAAGAUAUCUCCAGCUUCCGCUAUGAAGUUCUUGAUCUUCUGGGCAACAGGAAGCCUCCAAGGAGAAGCUAUUCCACCAGCAGCACAGAGAUCUCACAAAAAGAAGAAGUGCCAGAAGAACGUUCCAAAGCAAGAAGUGUGUCCUUCAACGUAGCCAACAAAAAAAAAGACUUCAACGUCUCAGCUCUCUUUAAAACAAUGUCUGGGAUUGAAAUAAUGGAUGAGGCUCCUAAAAGUAAUGGCAUUAGUAAUAAGCGUUCCUUUAUUCGAAACGGCAACAAACUCCAGAGGCUUUCAAGUUCCAAGAAGGAGUCCUUUAAAAGACUGGGCUUACUCUUUUCUAAGAUGAACGGACACAUGCCAGAGCCUGCUGGUGAACCAGUGUACACCAUCUCUGAUGGUCUUAUCCAGCCUCAUUGCGUGUGGCAGGAAGUAAAACAAACUGAUCCAGAGCCAGAGUGCUCUAAAAGUGAAAUUAACCUCAAUGAGGUGAGUCAAGAUAAGAGCAUUGGCGUGCCAAGUCACGAUCACCUCCCUAUUCAUACCAGCUCCCUACACUGUGCUUCCGACCUCUGCUCUUCUAAUGCCAAGUUGAUAGACUCAACAGAGGAUGUGUUUGACUCAUGGGGAGAUGCAUGUGAUCUGUUCAUCAACAAGUGGAAAGACGGGCAGGAGGAGCAGGUCACAACAAGACUAUAA